AUGGGUGUUACAACCACUAGGAUUGUAAAGGAGGGUGAAAGCACGGAUAUCCAGUGUGACACAAGGCAGGAAAAGAUGGUGUCAUGGUUCAGAAUGAGUGAAAACGGGCCUGUCAACUUUAUUGCAUCAUUCAGUAAUGGAGCUUUGAAGUCCGGUAUAAGUACGAAAUUUACCUUGAAUGGUAAACGCCUUACCAUAGUGAAAUUUGAGAAGAAGGAUGAUGCUGGAGCCUAUAGCUGUGUCUCCAUCAACAACAAUCAGCUGUUCUUUGGGGAGGUCACUCAUCUGUCUGGAGAGCCUGAACCUAAAAAAAUCACACGGGCCCCAAUAACCACAGCACCGCCAAACCCAGUCACCAUCAAAACAACAACUGUGGCAUGCAAGCCAAAAGAGACAAAACUGGAUGUUAAACUGGAUGUUAAACUGGGUUGUGAGCUGCAGAUCUUUAUACCUUUAGCUGCAGGAUGUGGAGUUCUGUUUUUUCUGCUGCUCAUCACUAUUUUAUACUGCAACCAUAUAAGAACAAGACGAUGCCCUCAUCAUUACAAACGACAACCCCGAAGCUUACCAGCAGGCCACAAACCCCUGCCCAAUCCACACGGCUUCUAGUCUCAGGACAACAACUCUUACACCUUAAAUCACACC